GAGCGCUGCACACGAGCAACGGCUGUCCUCGCGACUCCAAGGCAACUCAACAUACUGUGUCUCGCUUUCUGGAUAAAUUUGAGAGCCUCUGAUUCCAUUACGGUCACAAAACACCAUGGGAAGAAAGCUUCGACACGUGCUGAUCUUCCUUCUCAUCAUCCUGAAGGAGCCCGACAUGCCGGAUGCUGGCUGCUGGGAUGAGUGUGAAUACCAUGAUCACUGCAGAUGCGUCAGAAUGGGCCUCACCAGCAUCCCUCAGGAUCUGCCAACAACUAUCACUUACUUAUACUUGCAUGGAAAUUUGAUUACAUCUGUAAGCCAAUCAGAGCUCAUAUGGUAUAGAGACCUGAAAGAAUUGGUUAUAUGGCUUAACCAGGUAACUCACAUUCAGCCUGGUGCAUUCUCGUGUUUACCAAACCUCGAAACAUUGAACCUAGGCUACAACAAGAUAACGAACAUUACACCUGGUACAUUCUCAAAUCUACCAAAGCUCAAGGAUUUGAGGCUAGAUAAAAACCAGAUAACUGACAUUCAACCGGGUACAUUCUCAAAUCUACCAAAGCUCACAGAAUUGCGCCUCCAAAAAAACCAGAUAACUGACAUUCAGCCUGGUGCAUUUUCGAACCUACCAAAGCUCACUAAGUUGUGCCUGGGCUCUAACAAGCUGACUGUCCUCCCCGAGUCAGCUUAUGACAUCUUCACGUCCAUUUUGAUUGUUGAAAUUGGAAAGAACCCCUGGCAGUGCGACUGUAAUAUGGCUCCCUUCAGGCUACAAAUGAAUGAGUCUGAUUUCUUUGCCUUUUGAAGACCAAAUAGUUUGUUCCCAGCCUGGCAGGUUCUCUGGUCAAAAGCUAAAAGAUAUCAAUGUGACAGACCUGAUUUGUGAAGUGUCAACUACAUUUAUUCCUAUUCCUGACCAAUCGGGUUACAAUGACAUUACUCAUCGUCCUGCCAUGUUUUCUGGACCAAUGCUCUCGACCCGACCAAAGACCUGGUUUGUGAAGACAAUUGCCAACUGGAAAGUGAUAAAAACUCGCACAACGCCACCCCUCCCCACACCUCUCACUGUCACUGGCAGGUUGCCCCCGGAGGUUGUCAUUGCCUGUGUCUUUGGUUCAAUAGCUGCCUAUGUCCUGAUUAAUUCCAUCAUUCGCAAAAUCUGGUACAAGACGAGGACUGGAAAUCCCCGCUCAGGAAAUGACCCCACAAAUAUUCCAAAUGAUCCACGUUUUCAAGCACAACUAGCCGCCUUACAGGUUAAUCAUACAAACGGAGGUACCACCAAUCCACCAAACAGUCGGCAGGACCAGUCUCCCACCACUAAAUCCAACACAAACACCACAGCCACAGAAGUGACUAGUGAUCAUGAUCAUGAUCACCAGUAUGAAAAUAAUGACCAACAUAAUUCCAGUGAUCAAGAUCACCAGUACGAAAAUAAUGACCGACAUAAUCCCAGUGAUCAAGAUCACCAGUAUGAAAAUAAUGACCAACAUAAUCCCAAU